GGCCGCGCCCAGUUUUUCAGCAAGGGAUCAGCCCUGCUGUAACUAAUGUAGUAGUAGUCAUCAAGGAAGUUGCCCCACUUUGGAUUUCUUUUUCUCCCUCUCCAACAUUUCCUUCAAGUUGUUAUUGUUGCUGUCGUUGAAUUCCUUAUCACGCCAGCGACAAAAUGUCUUUUAUCCCCGGACAGCCGAUGACUGCUGUUGUGCAAAGGAUUGAGAUCCAGAAGUUACGACAGGGAGACAAUCUCAUCUUGGGUUUCAGCAUCGGAGGAGGGAUCGACCAGGAUCCUGGUCAGAACCCCUUCUCAGAGGACAAGAGUGAUAAAGGCAUCUAUGUGACCAGAAUAACACCAAACGGACCAGCAGACAUGGCCGGCCUGAUGAUGGGAGACAAAAUUAUGCAGGUAAACGGUUGGGACAUGACCAUGGUGACUCACGACCAGGCGCGUAAAAGACUAACCAAGAAGAAAGAGGACGUGGUGCGGCUUCUGGUCACCAGAAAGUCACUGGAGGACGCUGUGAAAAAUUCAAUGGGGGGCCAGCACAUCCGGAAGCCGCACUGAGGCCUUCCUGCCACCACCAAAUAGCACAAGCGAUCACACGGAUGGCCCGUUUUGAGUCCCUUCAUUCCAUCAAGUCACUGGACAAGAGGAAGAUGUAUUUUUAUUCCACACCCACUCCCCAAAAAAAAAGCCAAAACACUGCGAAUGCACAUAUUUUUGUAGCAUUGAAGAAGAGAGAUACAUUUUUGGUACACACAACGCACCAUUUUGAACCGACUCUGAAUGAAAUCUCUAUCUUACCAGCGUUAUUUUGUACCCGCAUGUGUGAUUUUUAUUCUAAUUAAUACCAGGGAUGGGUUAGUAUCAAUACCGGCCUUAUUUCAAGGUAUUAGGUACUCGUAAAGGUUGCCGAUACCAGCCACAGAUAACGUCAACAUUUGUUUUUUUGCAUUGAGUAGGUCCCCUUUGCCAGUAGUUGGGUCUACACAUGCGGCUGUUUGACACACAAAGCAAAUCAUCAUUUGUUUUGGUUUCUCCAACUCUUGUUUUACUUCUUUCUACGCCUUUUCGAUCUACUUUUAUUUUAGAAUGUACUGUUAUGUCACUUUCAUUUUUGCCUGUUCAUUUCUUACGUCAUUUUCACACAUUGAAAUUAAGGAAUUCAUCGUGUGUCAAAAGGACAUCCGUGUAUGUGUUAAUUGAAAUUGUAUUAUUUGUCUAGUCGUAGCAGUAUCGGUACAUGGUAUCGGUAAGUCCUUGAGUGAAUACACCUUACUGGUAUCGGUCUGAAAAAAAAAAGUGGUAUCAAACAUCCCUAAUUAAUAGCUUUUAUUACUUUGGUUGUAGGUAUCUGUAAUGAAGUGCUCACAAAUUCUUCACCACUGCAAAUGACAACCACAAUAAUAAAUGAAAUGAAUACA